UCGUUUGUGCCACAUUAAAUAUUUCCAUUGAUAUAGAUUUAAAGAUAAAGUUAAUUUCACUGCAAUUCAAGUGGACCCCGCAUUUCCAGAGAAUUAAUGUGCAGAAUGUGACUGUGUUAGGGAGGCGGCGGUGGCUGUCUGCUACAUCCGAUGCUACCCGGUUUAGUUGGCCCAGUGCUGAGCUGGGCAGCGAGUGCCGUGGGAACCGUAGGGGCUCCCGGCCGCUGACUGCCGUCUCUGUCCACACCCGCAACCCCAACCCAUACACCGCCAUCUUGUUCACAAGCUCAGCAGGGCCGUUGUAAUCCCUUCAGCAACAAAGAUAUCCCCCAGGCAGUGAAAAAGUGCAUGUCCCUAUUUUAAGGUGCAAAUAAACUGUUUACCUUCCAGCUUCGAAAUCGCCAGCGCUUUGGGGAAUGACAGCAACUAACAAUCUUGUGUAGAAUAUUGCAAUAAAGCCACUACAGGACUUUAAAUCCUCUCUUAAUUUAAUUUACCUCGUUUAAUUUAUUUCAUUAUAACACGUCUAAUGACAAAGCUAAUGCUGGAUGUGGGUACAAUGCAGAUUGUAAUGCACAAUAAACAGCUCCUCGGCGGCUGUUGGUCAUCAUUAACGCCAACGCUGGAAAGGGAUCCUUCAGCCUUGUUUUCUUAUUAAGCCACCCACACGUCAAAAAAUGCCAAAUGUUGUCUUUCUAGCAGAAGGGAGUAAAGUCACCCACUCACUCUACUUAUUCCCGAAAACCGAUACGAAUUCACUGGGAUAACACACAGAAAUGUAAUGGUGCAUUUCGACCGAUUUUUGGAGCAUGAAAUAUUAUGUGAAUGCGAGCGGGGGAAAAUAUAACAAAUAUUGUGCUUACUAAUUCGCCAAUAAUGUAUUGCAGAAUAAUCCGCAGCCUGGAGGAUGAAGUGGCAAAUAAUUUACAAAUAUUGUUACAAAAUGUGGAAAGUUGGUAAAUGGCGACAGCUGUAUUCAGAGAGGGUCUCCGAGAUAUUACUUCAGGAAGAUUUAAAGAAAUGGCUUGUGGGUGUUUAUGAAUGCAACGAAUAACAAAUGAACGGAAGUUGUUUGUAAACAUGGUGCGCUGCUCCAGAUGGGAAAAUUGAAUGGUGCUUGUUGAGGCUGUGCAGACACCGAACAAAUUGCACGAUUAAAACAAUUUCUAAUGGCCCAAAGGGGAAAAUGAAAGUAAAGCUAGAACUGUUUACAAUGCUAGUUUAUAUUCAUGGUAAAAUCCAGAGUGUGUCUGCAAGUAAUUCUCCUUUUUGCGUUUGCCAACUCCAACUGUCCAGGGUCCUGCUUUGACCACAGCUUCUGUCCAUUAUUCUAUAAGGAAGAGUCUUGCGAUCUUUGUCAGAGCUCGGAAGAUUAAUUGAUUUGUCGUUUAUUACUCGACUGCAUACAUUUGCUAGCAGGACUCGACUCAAAUGUUCCUUUCUGCUCCAUGAAACAGCCACACACCAAGAGAAGAAUAUUUUGUAGUCCCUACAUUUCUUACUUGAUAAAACCACUUCCUCAAUACCCACCCCGACAUGAUAUGACCUAUAAAAGGCAGAGGAAAUUUACCUACACCUUCAUGUACUAUAUUUCAGAAUCGUUGAGAAAGCCGGUCUUAUUUUCCACUCUUACCAUUGGUUCUGGCGAUCAUGUGACGAUAAAACCAGCCUCAUCUCAACGUCGGGACCGUCUAUUCAAUAGACAUAGUUUAAUAAUAGCACACUCCCUUAGCGUUUGCAAUCAGUAUAUUUUAUAAAUAUACAUUUUUUUUUCAAAAUAAUUGUCAAAUAAGCAAUUUUCCACCGAUUCUCCCCGAGCAGAAAUGAACAGCGAAUUUGAGCGAGAGGUUGGUUUUAUCAAUAGUGAGCCGUCGCUUGCCGAGUGCCUGCCAUCCUUGCCUCCUGUAAGCGAGACAUUUCAAAGUUCAUCAAUCAAGAACUCGACGCUUUCACAUUCGACACUGAUUCCUCCUCCUUUUGAGCACAGCUUCUGCAGCUUGGACCCUGGUAACACACACCAAAAUGGGAAAACCCACACUUCAAAAGGCAUUGGUCGGUCCACGUUAAGGGAUAAACCUCUGGAAUACCCGUGGAUGAGAGAGAAGAAAAAACACAAGAAAAAAACUAUCCCCGCGCCAGGAUCAGUUUCGUCUUGUUCUUCCAAUGAAGAAAACGAAGAGCUCAAUGAGCCGGAUAACGGGAGUCCUUUUGACAGUUCCAGGAGACUACGAACCACUUACACUAACAAUCAGCUGUUGGAGCUUGAGAAGGAAUUUCAUUACAAUAAAUACCUUUGUAGACCACGGAGGGUAGAAAUCGCAGCUCUCCUCGAUUUAACAGAACGGCAAGUCAAAGUCUGGUUUCAGAACAGGCGCAUGAAACACAAGAGGCAAACUCGAUUCAAACAAAGCCAAAAUGCCGAAUCAAAGCGCCACGUUGCCAACAGUGUUAAUCAGAGUGGAUUUUCCACGAGAAGUUUUGAGGCACCUUUAAAUAAAAUGUUGAGUUCAUUAUACAGUGAAAGCACUACAAAGCAAGAUAUAUGUGGUCUUACACAUAAAGAUACAUUGAGCGAUAUCGGCAGGGAUCUGCUCAGUGUUGGUACCUCUCUGAUCCCCACUGAGGGAUCGGAGAACUAUCCUUUCCCUCAGAGUUCAGAUGAAACCGACUGCCUGCUACCUAUACUGAAGAACUGCUCAGCUGGAACAAGCCCCAGUAGUCCGGAGAGCUUCAGUAUCCCAUCUCUGGAGGACUUAGACAAAAUUACAAUCGAACCCCGUCUAGAUCUGCUGGAAGAUUUACCUCAUAUGUCUUUGUUGGAAAACGAAGACACGCUGGCUAUUCCGUCCAAUGUGUUUGACUUUUUAAGUGACAGUUUUAGUUCCACUGAUUUGCAGCAAUUGCAGUUUUAG